AUGGUUCUUUGCGAGGCAACAACUCCAGAGGCUAACUACCAUUUAUGUUGCAAUCGUGUAGAAGGUCAACCAGAAUGUCCUAAUUUAAGUGGGCAACAUUCUUCUCAAAGCUAUACAGGGGUUGGAAUUGACUCUUUGGGAGUUCCUUGUACUGCCCCAGACGAUAACGGAAAUUGCCCACCCGGAAAAGUUUAUUUGCCAGGUCCAAAAUGUUGUAUUUUAAGAGGUUUGGGGUAUUCAAUGCAUUCUUUUCCCUCGUCUGAUAAAAUUGAUGAAGUAAACAUUCCUUGUAUUGAUAGGGCUGUGCCUGGUCGAGAAUCUGACUGUCCCGCAAAUGAGAAACUUUGCAAUGAUAAAAAUUAUUUUGAUUUGAUGACUGUACAAUGCCCUUUUACUUGUAAACGAUGUGGCCAAAUACCAGCAAAUGCUGUUAUAUUCAAUGCUAAUAUUCCACAAUUACUUGGUUGUUUUGAUCGAGUAGGAUUAAACGGCCGUUCUGAUUGUCCAGAAAGGAAAGCUUAUUGUUUAUUGCCUAUUUGGGAUGCCUUUCUACGUUUUGAAUGUCCAUUUACUUGUGGAUUUUGUGGAGAGAAUUUAAUAUUUAAUAAUGAAACUAUUAGAAAUAAUAAUUAUUUUCCUUUUAAAUUUCCAAUUCUACCAAGUUUAGUAAAUGUUAGAAAUUAA